AGGCAAUAGAUAAAAAUGUACAACAGCAACCAUCAACAAGUGCUGAAUUGGUUGAGACUGGUUUGGAAGAACUCUCAUCAAAGAAAAAUAAGGAGAAAGGAAUUGAUUAUCAGAAGGAAUUUUAUGCUAUGAUACCAAAAAGGAAAAAUCCUCGUCAAGCAGGAUUAAAAGGGACACCGACUACAGUGUGGACAAAUAUGUUUAAAAUUAUAUUUGAUAAAAAUUUUAUAUCCACUGCAGUUCAUUAUGAUGUUGACAUUCAACCUAAGGUAGAUAAGAAAAAAGAGGCCUUAUCAAAAGCGUCAUCAGAAUCUACAACACAACCAAAAAAACUUCCUAAAGCCUUACAGAGAACUAUUUUUGAAAAAUUCAGAAUUGAACAUUGUAAGAAUAGAUAUCCAGCAUUUGAUGGAAACAAAAAUGCAUACAGUGCCAAAAAUCUUCCUUUUGAUGAAAUAUCAGCCGAUAUUGAGAUUCAAGAAGAACAUACACAACGAACAAAAUUGUUUAAAAUUACCCUGAAAAGAAAAGAAGUGAUUGAUCUUAAAUGGCUACAAAACUUGAGACCUGGUAUUAAUUUGAACCCCACACAUCAAAUCGGUGUACAAGUUUUGGAUAUCAUCAUGCGUCAUCAAUCGGAAUUACAAAAUUUUAGCGUUGGAAGAUCAUUGUUCUGGGUAGUACCAAGUCGAUAUGAAUUAGGUAAUGGCUUGUCCUUAGGGCACGGUGGAUUUCAAUCUGGUAUAGCUGGCUGGAAUCCAUAUUUAAAUAUAGAUGUUUCUCAUAAAGGAUUUCCUACUAAUCAGACUGUCCUUGCAUGUAUGGCUGAAUUUGCACGUGUUGAUAAAAAGCAGCUUACUGCAGAGAAUAUAAAUAGUAUAAUUAUGAGUAAAUUGAAUAGAUUCCUGAAGGGUCUAAAAAUUAUCUAUGAAAUACCCAAUGUACGGAAUACGAAACGGACGUACCGUAUACAGGAAUUAAGCACAGAAACUUCUAUGUCGUAUAGAUUUUCAGAAGAUAACUCAAGCCAUUUCAUUUCUAUAUAUGAAUAUUUUAGAAAAAGAAAAAACUAUAAAAUAUGUUAUCCUAAUUUGCCUGUUGUCUUAGUGGGCAAAGUCAGCAAUAAAAAUAUUUAUCUGCCUGCCGAAUUAUGUACUAUUAUAUCUAAACAAAACUAUAACAAAAAGCUGGAUGAACAACAAACUGCAAAGAUGAUUAAAAUGGCAGCAGUAUGUGCGCCUGACCGUAAAAAGAGGAUAGAAGAAGCGUUUCAGAGAAUUGGAGUAAAUGAUAGUCCCGUUAUGAGAAAUGAGUUUCAUUUAUCAAUCAAUCCAGAAAUGGAACGGGUACAAGCUAGAAUCUUAACGCCUCCGACAUUGAAAUAUGCUGAACGUACAGAGAGAGUAUGGAAAGGAACAUGGCAAGCACAAGUAUUUAAUCGAGCUAAAAAUUUGGAAUCUUCCUCAUGGACUAUUUUUAAUUUGAGUGGAAUAUCCAAUAUUCAUCCUCGCAUGGACGAUUUCGUAAAAGAUUUAAAACAGCAAGCUUCUUAUCUUGGUAUGCAGAUUGGAGAUCCCCUACGUCCCUUUCAGUUCAUUGCAACGAGACCCAUUGAUAAAAACGAAAUCAUUCGCUAUUUUCAACAAAAAAAUAAUCUAAAAUUGAUAAUAGUUAUUAUACCAGAUUUUACAAAUGAAUUAUAUGGCAUAGUAAAACAGAUUACUGAGUUGAGAGUGGGUGUUCUUACACAAUGCAUGAAGCUGAAGACUUUGCAAAGAAGUAAUCCUACAACUGUAAAGAACAUUCUUUUAAAAAUAAAUUCCAAAUUAAAUGGUAUUAACCAUAUGUUAAGCCAAAUACCAAGCUCUCUACAGAAUGCUAUGCUCAUUGGUGCUGAUGUGACUCAUCCAUCUCCUGAUGCUCAAAAUAUACCAUCUAUAGCAGCAGUCGCUACUAGUAUUGAUACUUCUACCUUUCAAUAUAAUAUUGCACUUCGGCUUCAACCACCUAAACAAGAAAUGAUUGACGAUUUGGAAAAUAUAAUACUAGAACAACUUAUGAUGUAUGAGAAAAAAACAUCGCGUCCACCGAAAAAAAUUAUUUAUUAUCGAGAUGGAGUUAGCGAGGGACAACUCCCACAAGUCAUGUAUCACGAAAUAACAGCUAUUAAAAAAGCAUGCAGAACAUUUAACAGAGGCAAUAUUCAAGUUAACUGUUUGAUUGUUCAAAAGAGACAUCAUAUCCGUUUCUUUCCUACAAAUCCAAAUGAGACAGAUGAUAAACAUGGAAACGUAAAAGCGGGCACAAUUGUUGAUACAACAAUUACUCAUCCGGAUCACAUCGAUUUUUAUCUCACAUCACAUGCGUCUAUUCAAGGUACAGCAAGACCUACAAAGUACAGAUGCAUAUGCAACGAAUCUGGAUUUAGCGAAGAUGAUAUCGAGGAAAUGACCUAUUUUCUUUGUCAUAUGUAUGCUCGCUGUACAAGAUCAGUGAGCUAUCCGACGCCAACUUAUUAUGCUCAUUUAGGAGCUUAUCGUGGAAGAGCCUUAAUACAAGGGGUUCCAAUUAAUUUGAGUAAUUUGGAAGCACAACAAAAAAUAUUAGAAAUGAAAAUGCCGGAAUCACCGAUGUAUUUCGUUUAUGUCCGUGCCCGAGAAAGUGUUAAUGCGAAAAAUUAAAAACGAGAGAAAACAAAAUUAACGAUACGCCAAGAGAAGCAAAAAGAUGUGACUGAACUAGAAAAAAUAUCUGAGAUAAGUCAGCAAAACGUGGAAAAAAUUUCUCCAAAAAAAAAGAAGAAAUUAAAAAUGUCAAAAGAAGCAGAAAAGUAUGAGGUAACCAAGAAACUCCUGGUUACUGAGAGUUUACCUGGCACAGCUAUAGGUUUUGAAGCGACAAAUGAUACCAGUUUCUCGGUAUUGAGCGAAAAAGUAUGUGAAAAUACGCUAAAGGCGAUAAAGGAUAUGGGUUUUACAAAUAUGACUGAGAUACAAGCGAAGGCUAUUCCACCCCUUUUAGAAGGGAGAGAUUUGGUUGGUGCUGCUAAAACUGGAUCUGGCAAAACCUUGGCAUUUUUAAUCCCUGCCAUUGAAUUGAUUUACAAGUUGAAGUUCAUGCCCCGUAAUGGUACCGGUUGCAUUAUUAUGUCUCCCACGAGAGAAUUGUCUAUGCAAACUUUUGGAGUUUUGAAGGAAUUGAUGAAAUAUCAUUAUCAUACAUAUGGUCUGCUGAUGGGUGGUGCCAGUAGGCAAACUGAAGCGCAGAAACUUGAAAAAGGAAUUAAUAUUAUCGUGGCGACGCCGGGACGAUUAUUAGAUCAUUUGCAAAACACACCCGAUUUCUUGUACAAAAAUCUUCAAUGUCUGGUCAUUGACGAAGCCGAUCGUAUUCUGGAUAUCGGAUACGAAGAAGAAUUGAAGCAAAUUAUCAACAUUCUUCCAAAGCGUCGACAAACUAUGCUUUUCAGCGCAACGCAGACGCAAAAGGUAGCGGCGAUAACAACUUUAGCACUUAAGAAAGAACCCAUAUAUGUAGGAGUCGAUGAUGACAAAGAAAUGGCGACAGUGGAGGGUUUACAGCAAGGUUACGUAAUAUGUCCGAGCGAGAAAAGAUUCUUACUUCUCUUCACGUUUUUAAAGAAAAACAGGAAGAAGAAAAUGAGUUUUUUCAGUUCUUGCAUGUCUGUUAAAUUUCACCACGAACUUCUGAAUUAUAUUGAUUUACCAGUAAUGAGUAUACAUGGUAAACAGAAACAGAUGAAAAGAACUACGACCUUCUAUCAAUUUUGCAAUGCCUCUUCGGGAAUUUUGCUUUGCACUGACGUGGCCGCGAGAGGUCUGGAUAUACCCGAUGUUGAUUGGAUCGUGCAAUACGAUCCACCAGAUGAUCCCAAGGAAUACAUCCAUCGAGUUGGUCGAACCGCUCGUGGAGAGGGCAGCAGCGGCCAUGCCUUGCUAAUAUUGCGACCAGAGGAGCUUGGUUUCCUUCGUUAUCUCAAGGAAGCUCGUGUACCCGUGAAUGAAUACGAAUUUUCUUGGAAUAAAAUAGCUGACAUACAAUUACAGCUUGAAAAAUUGAUAUCAAAAAAUUACUUUUUACAUCAGUCGGCAAAGGAGGCAUUCAAAAAUUAUAUCAGAGCAUAUGAUUCGCAUCAUUUGAAGCAAGUUUUUGAUAUAGAGACUCUGGAUCUGGCGAAAGUGGCCAAAUCGUUCGGAUUUAUUGUACCACCAGCAGUAGACUUGAAAGUGGGAAUCAGUAAAUCUUCACGACCACGAAAAAGGCUCGGCGGAGGCGGUUAUGGUCAUUUUAAAAACAUAAACGAUCCGAGUUCGGCAAAACGGUUGAAACGUACCAAGACCUUUUGUCAGGCAGGCAAACGUAGGCAAGACAAUCGACAAUUCAGCAGAUAAGUCAUUCUCGCGCACCUUAGAGACGCAGACGAUAGACAAUGGUGUACGAUGGCGGCACAUCAUUAGGGAUCAAUUUAACGAUAUUAAUACAUUCCGGUAUGGUAAUCUGAGGAUCGAUAGCAUAGCAACCUGGAUCAAUUGCUAGAGAAUAGCCUGCGCUUUCGAAGCAAGUUUAGAAUGGCAAAACUUCUUAGUCGCUGUCAUAAGCAUUAUUUCUAACGAUAAUAUACAUAAUAAUCUUCUAUUAUAAUAAGUUUCGAAAUUGCAGCAAAAAUUACAUUGCCAUGACCCAUGAUUUCUGCAUCCCUUUUCGAUGUAUUUCAUCAUUGAAAUCUAUAAUCUUCGCCAGAGACUGAAUCCAUCGUUUCUUUAUGUACAUUCGAAGCGAAAUAAACUCUACUCUAAAUAGCUUC